AUGGAUUUUCGGGCAGAGGAGAAAGAAGAGGGGAAGGUGGAAGAGAUGAUGAUGAUGGAAGGAGUAGCAUCAAUAGCAUUGUUGCCAUGUGGCUCUAUCUCAGGACACUUCAUCCAACUUCCACAUUCUACUUGCUUUGGCCUUUCUGGCACCGAAUUGGCAUGUGAAAGGGAAUGCAGUAGGGGUGAGGAUUAUCGCCUCAUUAAACUCACAAUCACAGAUUUCAAUACAAAGAAAGAGCAAGCCACUGUUGUGGAGUGCAAAGGCCACGAUGCUGCUCGGUUCCACAGCAUUGAUCACAUUCAUGGUUGGGGUAAGGAUAUCACUGGUAUGAUUGAACAAAAGGAUGGGAAGAAAAGAGUCUCUGUUUCAUUUGAGUGUGAGACACUAAAAGCUGAUAAAGCAGCAGAAGACCACAUCACGAAGUUCAUGCCCAAAUUAGCCGGGCUGGAUGCUGUUGUUAACAUAGGAAAAAUGACAAUUUCUGGGUUGGAUUUUGGAGCAGAGGAAGAUGAGGAGACUGAGUAG